UGGAGUGAUAUAUGGAGGAUUGGGUGAUGGGAUCUGAGAGUGGAUGGACGUCGCCGGCGUUCGAGGAGCUUCUGCCGCAGCUGCCCCGCGGCGAGCAGCUCCGCCUGGAGACCCACCUGCACGACCGCGACCGGAGGUGGAGGCGAAUGCGAUACAACAACACUCCUCCGCCGUCUUCCACCAAGAUUCGCCGCCAAGAGAAAGAGCGUGACACUUGGAUGAUCCCUCACGUCCAAAAUGCUCUCCGCCAUUACAAUGCCAGACACCCGGGUGGUGAGUUCGAUGUAGUGAAACCCCUGAUGCAAGCAAGGGUGGUGUUCAAGGGGCAGCACUGGUUCCACAUCAACUUCUGGGCUCGCAGCCGCAGCAGCAACAAGAUCAAGCGCUUCUUCGCUGAACUGCACUACAAGCCAUUGAUAACUAUAAGCGGAUUUGUCAGCUGGGAGCAGCUGCUGCCAGAUCCACUCCCUGCUCCAGUUGCCAUUGUUGAAACAUGCACCAUCAUUGAAGAACCACUUGACCAGUACAAGAGAAGCUGCGCAUUUUGUCCGGCCGGGUUUGACAUUUUGCACCCCAAGGGCGACCGUAAGUUUGUUUGCGGAAACGACAAGGACCGGUUUUACCAGAAACUAAUACCCUGCAAGCAGUUACAAUUUGGUUUACCAUUCAUGUAGUUUAUUUCCAACUCUGAACAUUUUGGCCAGAGAUAUUUUUUUUUUAUUUUAUAGAUAGAUAUAUAUGAUAAUGAUGUGGCUGGCGAUAGCCACUACUAUAAAAAGGCACAUAGAGAUCGGCACUAUAGGUGCUGAAAAUGCUAAAACCGGCACCUACAGUCUUUUU